GACAGAAGUGCGUGUGACAGAUCGUGGAGCUGAAGAAAAACAAAAAACUUUGGGAAUAACAUGUCCUUCUACUGUUCGACCAACAUGCUCUGCCUAUUAACGCACGAGAUAUGCAACGAAUGAACUAAUAGGCGACAAGCGUAUUAUAUUUACGUUUUUUUUUAAAGUCGCAAUUCGAGUUUGUCAGGUAGAAGAAGCUGGGAAAACAGAAAUAACGUUCCGUGUGUUCGUUAAUGAACGUGGAAUAAGAGUCGGGGAACACAUCAGCAGGCGAAAUUCAGACUCUCCCGGAUCCUACUGCUUGGAACAAUUGUUUGCAUGCAGCAAAGCAGGGCGGCGAUGGUGUUGCCAUGACCGAGGGCGGCUGAGAGUCAGAGGAGAAGCUACGCAGCACCAUGGAGGGCACCAGGGCCGCCGUCUUAGCGCCGGUCAAAAGCAAAGCCCCUCGACGGGAUCGGAAGCGGCGUGUCGGAGCUUUGGUAAGGAAAGGGGGAGUCUGCCGGAACGGGACCACCUCCCCACAUGGGGAGUGCACAUCGGACGGAGCGAGAGGGCUUGAGUCCUCCUUGGAGGUGCUAAAACCAUCCCUGCUGUCGAAGGGGCUGGGAGAGAGAGUGGGGGAGAAGGAGGGGGUGCGAGGAGCAGAGGUGUCACCUGAGAGGGAGGAGGGCCUUGGCUCCUGGGACAUGAAGUCUCAUGACGAAGAGGUUGUGCAGCAGGAGCAAGAGGAUCAGCAGGAAAAGGGGAGUAGUAACAACCACAGCACCUCCAAUACAGACAGCCCUGCCCUCUCCAGUAGCUGCACAGAUUCACAGUUUCCUCUCUAUGCUCCUGACUGCAUAUGCUGCUGCUGCUACUGCUGCUGCUGCUACUGCUGCUGCUGCUACUGCUGCUACUGCUGCUGCUGCUACUGCUGCUGCUGCUGCUGCUGCUGCAGGGAGGGGAGGUGUUGUCCAGCACCUGUUUGCUACAACACCUUGCUUGUUUCAGCGAGGAGCAACAAAGUUUCAUCAUAUUCUAAAGAGUCCAUGUUACUGCGGGAACAGACUCAAGCGUGCAAAUGCCAGGUCGUUCCAUCUUCAGUUAGCUGGUCGUUCCACACAACAACAAACGGUUUUGAUGUUUUUGAUCUGUCCCAGACGUCGUCUCCAUCGCUGUCGGACCAACUCCUCCUGGGUCGAGAGGAUGGGACGGGGGCCGGGAUCAAUGUGGAAUGUCGUAUCUGUGGAGACAAGGCCUCAGGGUUCCACUAUGGAGUACACGCCUGUGAGGGUUGCAAGGGGUUUUUCCGGCGGACCAUCCGUAUGAAGCUGGACUAUGAGCGCUGUGAGCGCAGCUGUAAGAUCCAGAAGAAGAGCAGAAACAAGUGCCAGUACUGCCGCUUCCAGAAGUGCCUGCUGCUGGGCAUGUCCCAUGACGCGAUCCGGUAUGGCCGCAUGCCGGAGGCAGAGAAGAGGAAGCUGGUGGCGGGCCUCCUGGCGGGAGAGAAAGUCCCGACCACCAACCCUAAUGGCUCAGAUCUCAAAUCCCUGGCCAAGCGAGUCAACAACGCCUAUCUGAAGAACCUCAACAUGACCAAGAAGAAGGCUCGCAGCAUCCUCACCGGAAAGACCAGCUCCAGCCCAGUAGCGUAUCCAUAUCCCUUUGUGAUUCACGACAUGGACUCCUUGUGCCAGGCUGAGAACGGGCUGGUGUGGAAACAGCUGAUCAACGGCACGACCCCCAACAAGGAGAUAGGGGUACACGUGUUCUACCGCUGCCAGUGCACCACGGUGGAGACGGUCAGGGAGCUCACUGAGUUCGCCAAGAGCAUCCCCGGCUUCGUAGACCUCUUCCUCAACGACCAGGCAGAGCAGGCAACAGAUGGCACACAGACAGCUGAGUUGGGGACAGAUAUGCAGGGACAGACUGGCAGAGACAGGGAGUCUCAGGUGACGCUGCUGAAGUACGGCGUCCACGAGGCCAUCUUCGCCAUGCUGCCCUCGCUCAUGAACAAGGAUGGGUUGCUGGUGGCCAAUGGAAAGGGCUUUGUGACCCGGGAGUUCCUGCGCAGCCUGCGGCGCCCCUUCAGUGAGAUCAUGGAGCCCAAGUUUGAGUUUGCGGUCAAGUUCAACGCCCUGGAGCUGGAUGACAGUGACCUGGCACUGUUCGUGGCCGCCAUCAUCCUCUGUGGAGACCGUCCGGGGCUGAUAAACAUCAAGCAGGUGGAGGAGAUUCAGGACAACAUCCUGCAGGCCCUGGACCAGCACCUGCUGGCCAACCACACUGACUCAAAGUACCUUUUCCCCAAGCUGCUCAACAAGAUGGCUGACCUGCGCCAGCUGGUAACUGAGAACGCCAUGCUGGUCCAGAAGAUCAAGAAGACAGAGUCCGAGACCUCGCUGCACCCGCUGCUGCAGGAGAUCUACAAGGACAUGUACUGACUGAACUGAUUUAGCUUCCGAGUACAGCGGCAGUGUUCACUCACUCCUGGUUUCUGGGAUUGGGAGUCACAUGGAGUGCAUGUUUUUGUUCCAGCCCAUCAUUAACACACUAUUCACCUCAUCAGCCAAUCAACCACGACCUUGAUCAGUUGAAUCAUGUGUGUCAGCGUUUAUUCUGACGUCUCAAUAAAAUAAUGAGGAAACCGCUGGCUGGUGGGAGUUAUAACUACGUAUAUGUAGCUGCACACUCUUGUUCAGAUGCAAUUGAUUUAUUAUAAAUCACCGUAGUUUGGGCAGCAAGUUGCCUUCAUCAUGGUCUCUUGACUGUACGAAUGACAUGUACUGACCUGGAAUGGAGCAAGAGACUGAUGGGAGACAUACAGAGUAACAUACACCCUACCACAUAUUAAACGUGUGUGAGUGUUUGGGCUCCCGAAAUAGAAGGUGAUUUGUGCUGUUUCAAGUGGAUGCUGUUGUAUAGCAGGCUUUUAACUGUGGUUGGACAGGACUGAAGCAGUUGAAGGGCUUGUAGUGUCCUGCUCUGAACGUGGUGAAGGUGCAGUGUCGAGGUAUUCAUUUCCAGGAGAAUACCAAACAGCUCAUCAACCAACGCCACAACAAAACCAAGACUCCUUUUUUCCCCCUAAAUGUUACAAGGAUGAUCAGCGUUGCUCUUUUUAUAUAACAGAUUUUUGUGGUCUCUCCCGAUGCGCAGUGUUUUUUACAACGGUCAACACAUUCUUAACCCUGCGGUUCAGGGUCAUUACCAGACUUUGUUCUGCCAUUGUUUGUGUUACAAACUUCCUGAGAAGCCAUGAUGCUGAUAUUCAGGAAAAUGCUGGUUCUGAUUGCCUGUACAAAUGAGGGUUGUCGGCAACCAUAGGUGUCCCCUGACCGUCCGUCCCUACCAUCCCAUCCUAAGGCCAUAACACUGGGAUAAGCUAUCACCAAACCCCCCUUAGUUCUCCUUUCCACAUAUGUAUAAAUUCACACCCCUCAACCUCCCACUGAUCUAAUCAUAGAACGGUUUGGAUUUGUUUGAUAACUCAGUCCCGGGUUCAAAGAACCUCCCUUCUGUGCUAGUGAACAAAAUCCAUCGUCACACCCCCAGAGAAUGUGUGAUAGUAGGAGCUGUGAUUUUGUGUAUGCCUUUUAUAUAUGAAUCUCCUCCAUUUGAGGUCCACCCCCAGCCCUUCUCCUCCUGUUAGACCAGGAAGCACACCCAGUCCAGUCAGUCUCACUUUUCAAUGGACACGUACAUUUAUAGAUUCUUACAACAUCCUAACCUCAAUACCUUUUAUGUUUUCUUUUGUGUACAACUGAUGGGUCUAAAACCAUGGGAUGAUGCUGUGUUGUCAUACUGUGAAGGAGAACCUGAUCACAGUGUCUGUAUAAGACGUUUUGAAUGCCUGAUUUUACUUAAGUUUACUUAAUUAUGUAUAAUUGAAGUAUGGUAUGUAUAUAUUUUUUUCAGCCAGGUGGUGUUCUGUUAACUGCGCACAGUCGACAAGCCAAACUCUAACAGUACUUUUCUCAUAUUAUGAGCUUCCCGCUUUCUUUCUUUUCCACUCUUCUUAUUAUUCCGCUAAGUAUGGUGCUAUGGAUUUGGCCAGCUAUCGCUCCCUCGCGCAGUCUAACUUCUGGCAGGGAAUGACCCGUUCAUAAUACUUAGAGAAAAAUGGAUCCGUCUCCCUUGGUUCCUUCCUAUCGCUUUCACUUCUUCACUGAUCUCAAAAGGCCUGGUCAAAUGAAAGCAAUACAGCAAACACUUCUGUAGUGCUUCCACCAUAUAGAUUGUACCCAUCUAGAUCAUGAUCAAUUGAAGGGAGUGAGUGAGCAUUUGAAGAGUUGAAAUGCAUGGCAACGGUCAAGAAAUUACUUCUAGAAAAUUACUUCUAGACAAGCCAUCAGAAUUCAGAGAUGCAUGGCAGCAGGGGGACCAAUCUAAAUUGCCAUGAGAGGAAAAAGGUUUAUCCUCAUUCUUUUAGGUCAGCCAAUAAUGGUAACUGAUGAAAUACUGCACUUCCUACUGUACAUAGCAAUUAUGUAAAUGAUAUGCAAAACAAUGUAUGUUUCUGUUUUUAUUAUUUUCUAUAUUGUGACAUUAAAAUUGCAAAAAAAAAGUUUAUUCUCGCACGAGUAAGAGGAGGACAUGAUAUAUGUGACUCCUUGCCUAUACAGUAGAGAGGUUACAGAUAUCUCUUGAAUAAGCGCUUUAUUUCUGCUCACAGGGAGUUGAUAAAGCACAAAUGAGUGAUCUGAUGCUCACCUAACUGCAGAAAGCGUUGAGACAAUUAUAAUAAAGUGACAGUGGUGAACCACCUGUUCUGGUUAGAGUGCUGUAUCCACUUGGAGUCAGUGUACCCUGGGGCGGAUGGGGGGGUCCUUUCUCUCCCUGUACUCAUCUUUCUUUAAUUCUCUUACAUUCUUCCUUUCUCUCAGUAUGUAUUUUCCUGCUUUUAUUUUCCUGCUUUUUUUCUGGUGCCCCUAGAAAUGUCAUUGUCACGGAUCGCCUGUGGUUAGUUAUAAUUACACAUUUGAUGUUACUGACUAGAACAAGUUACAAUGAAAUGUCAGCAAAGUAGUACUACUGCAUGAGAAAAAAGCUAAAUUGUGUACAUUUUUCUUUGAAAAUCAAUUGUUUUGUCUAAUGGUUUUAUUUCUGCAUACAAAUGUAUGAGCACAACAGCACAGGUCUGAAAUGUUCUACAGUCUAUCACAGCAAUACUGUGCAUUUCCCCCUAUUUAGCAUCUGUAUAAACACCUGGUGUUAACCGUCUGAGGGAAAGUAUAGGAUUUCUACCUUUUGGUAUAGAACUUCCUAUAAAUGAUUGAUUAAAAAACAUUGGUUAAUA